AUGUGUAGAGGGGAUGCGACUGAAGGGAGCAGCAGAGAAGCGGAAGGAGAGAGGAAACACGUAAAGCCACACUCCCUCACUGAAAGAGAGAGAGAGGGAGGAAGAGGGAGAGCCUGCCGGGGAGCAGCUCCAGGGAGAAGACCGCUGCUCUGCUCCGAGACUCCUUUCUGCCGCCGCCUCCUCCGCCGUUGGAGGGGGUUAUUGUUCCCGUCAGGAGAAGAGAGGCGUUCACGGACUCAUUUCUGUGGGUUUAUUAUUCGUUCACGGUUCGGACGGAGCGGGACACCCAUGCUCAGCUCAGGGAGAAUGGAGGAAUUCGUCACCGAAGAAGAAGAGCCGUGGUACGACCAGCAAGACCUGGAGCAGGAUCUCCACCUGGCAGCAGAGCUGGGGAAGACUUUACUGGAGAGGAACAAAGAGUUGGAGGACUCUUUACAGCAGAUGUACAUCACUAAUGAGGAACAAGUGCAAGAGAUUGAGUACCUGACCAAGCAGCUGGAGGUCCUUCGGGACAUGAACGAGCAACACGCCAAAGUGUACGAGCAGCUGGACGGCACGGCCAGAGAACUGGAGCGCACCAACCACACGCUGGUCAAGGACAGCAAAGCCUCGCAGCAAAAGAUCGAGAGCUUAACGGGGACUAUUGAGACUCUGCAGAAUCAGGUGGAGUCUCUGUCGGCGCAGGUGGAGCAGCUCCGCUCGAUGGAGCAGCUCCGAGUCAGGAGGGAGAAGAGGGAGCGACGCAAGACCAUCCACUCGUUCCCGUGCCUGCGGGAGCUCUGCACCGCGCCCAGGUAUGAGGAUGAGUUUGUAGUGGGCCGGGCCGAGAGCUUCACUUUGGAGGCCAAGAGACAGCCGUGUGAGGAGGACAGUCAGCACCUGAGGGAAGCGGUGUCGGCGCUGAGAGCCGCCGUCCGGACAGAGCGGGGUCGAAGGGAGGGAGUGGAGAAAGAGUGCAACCUCCUGAUCGCAGAGUUUUCUCGGCUGCAGACGCGUGUGCAGGACGCUGAGAGCUGCCAGGCUCGUGUGCGGGAGCUGGAGGUGGAGCUGCAGGAGCUGCAGCAGCUCCGCCGCGCGCGGACUUUCCUCCUGAGCGGCGAGGACGACGGCGUCGCCCUGACCCAGACCGUCCUCAGCAUCACCCCGGAAACCGACACGUUCCUGGAAGCGGAGGACGGCGACGCUGGCGGCGGAGGCGGCGGCGUGCGGGAGGAGGCCGAGGGUGGAGGCGGCGUCGGAGGCGAGCAGCUGCCGGAGUCCAGCCCUGUGAGGAAAAGCUGCAGCGACACGGCGCUCAACGCCAUCGUGGCACGGGACGCAUCUGGCCGCAGGAGAGGCAGCUACGCCCUCCACGCCAACAGCGUGAGGAAGAGGGGGAUGUCCAUCCUCAGGGAGGUGGACGAGCAGUACCACGCCCUGCUGGAGAAAUACGAGGAGCUGCUAGGCAAGUGCAGGCGGCAUGAGGAGAGCCUGUGCCACGCCGGCGUCCAGACUUCCCGUCCCGUCUCCCGCGACCCGUCCAUGAAAGACUGCGCCGUGGGCCCCGUCCCGGCACCUCCCCCGACGACCACCCAGUCCCCCUCCACUCCCGAAGCCAUGGAGAGCAUCAGCAAGCAGGUGGAGGCGGUGGAUAAGCGACUGGGGCAGAACACUCCGGAGUACAAGGCUCUUUUUAAGGAGAUCUUCUCGCGCAUCCAAAAGACCAAAAUGGACAUCAAAGCUACCAAAGCCGCCAAAACGAGCAAAUCAGGAAAAUCGGGCAAAUCAAGUAAACACUAAAGUCGACGUCGACUGUACAGAUGAGGAUGUUGGUGCUCUUUGUGAACAAGGGGCUAGCUAGUGUACACAAUUUUAUAGAGGGCGCUGCUACUACAACUAAAGUAUUAAUUUCUUCCAGAGCUAAGCUAAGCUAAGCUAACCCCAGCAAGAAAUCAACAAAUCUGAAGUGCAUGCCUUCCACCAUAGUUAACCUUCUAGAAAAUGAAUUGAAUCUGUUACAUUUUAUUCUUCUCCAUUGUCUUAUUUAAUUGAAAUUACAGGAAAAAAAAGAUUUGUAGGCCAAUUUGACUGCCUUACUUACUCUACAAUAUUACAAUUAUAAUACCACAGUUGGCAAAAUGUUUCAGUUUUGCACUUUAGGUUCAGGUUUAAGUAAACUAAGGCAAAUUGCCUCUUAGAGGGGUGGAAAGCAAAUGUAACAUUAACUCAAGCCAAAUCUAUUUACUACUAAACAAGCUUGACUCAUAUUUAUGUACUUCCUGUAAGAGAGGUUGAUCUUACUUACAAAAGCCUAUAUAUGGCAAAAUCUUAAAGCAUUUAAACCAUAAUUGUAUUUUAUUGGGAUUUUAUGCAACAGACCAAAACAAUGUAGUUAAUUAUUGUGAAAAUGAUCCAGGUUUUCUUUCUACAGUUUCUAAAGAUAAAAUCUGACUGCUAAUCUGACAUCGCUUCAGAGAAUCGGCUUCAAGAUUCAGAUUUUUUAUAGUAAAUGAAAAAACAUUUCUUUUUUUCUUUUUUUUGUCAUAUGUGUCUUUGUCUUGAUCUAUCCUACAAAAAUCCCAAUUAAAUGCAGAGACAUUUGAUGUGGUUGUGUGACCUAAUGUGAAACAGAUCAAGGGGUGUGAAUACUUUUGCGAGUUGGGGUGUUUCAGACCACUGUGCUGCCUGUGUUUUGGCCUGGAGGUGCUCGUCAUAACAUGCUACGCUAAUUCUGUCAGCGCUGCUAUAAAAAAAAAAAAAAUUAGCUAAGUCUAGAUAAGGAUGUGAUUAGUCUAUUUGGUCCUGAGCUUUCUGCAGGCAUACCAAGCGACUACAUUGACCUGAAUAAAAGUGAAUCCAUUUUCCAAAGCGAACCGGACUUUGGGGUCACUUUUGGGCCAAAUCUUACCUGCCUAUGUACCUGUGUCUUAACUCCUGCAUAUAUCUCUGUGAAGUGAAGAUGAGCUAUUUUAUGUUUUGUUUCUAAGUUCUUUGAGGGGGGAGUGCCUUCAUCCUCUUCAGCUGCUUCAUUUUGUUCCCACUUUGACAUAUAAAACUACAUUUGAGUUAACAUGAAUGAAGGGACUUUUUGGCUACAAUAUGCAGUUAUCAUGACAUAGGUGUUUUAUAUUCCACUGUGUCCAUGAACUGAUCCCUACUCUCUGCACCACGCUCAGGGAUAGACGGCUGCAAAACGUUCUCAACUCAAUCAGAUGCCCCGUUUGCAGUUCUGAGCUCAUUUUCGUACCCUCAGUAAAUAUUUCCAAUUGCCUCUGAAAUCAGAACUUUGAUUCAGGUCAGAAUAAGAAUUCAGUUCAUGAAAAACGUCCCACCUGAUGUACUUCAGUUCCAGUUCCUAGCUAGAAAACAAGUUGGGCUUGUUAGUUUUUGAGCUCCAUGUCCAGGAUACUUACUAUAAUAUUGAUGACGAUGAUAAUUCUUAUUGGUAGGCGUUAAUUGCAAUAUACUUAUAGCGUUUUGCAAAUUGAAAUGCUAAAGAAAUAUGUACAGUACUGUAUGUGCACAAAGUUAAAAGAGAUCCGAAUCAUUAAAGCGCAGAAGGCGGUUUGGGGCUUCAAUUUACUCUGUGUUUAUACCUGUGGCAGCCAUUUUGGAUUUUCAGGUCAGUAUUGGUGGGAUAUCUCCCACUUACCAAGUGUAAGCUUCACACAGCAUUCCAGUUAAUCUAGAUGAAUCAGAGACAAGAUGGUUUUACCUUUUGAUAACGAUUACAAGCUAAAGUUAACCUAGCUUGUUUUUAUGUUAGCGGUAGCUAAACGGAUUCGUAAAGUUAAUUUCCUACCAUUCUGAGCAAAGGUGAGUUCUAACAUCCGUAUCACAUUAAUGAUCACUAUAAUGUGGUAUAAUUCAUUAAAACUUAUGUAUUGAGCUCUCUCUCUAUUUUAUUUUGACAGCUGACAGAUUACAAUGAUGUUCAUCUAUAACCAAUCUUCCCAAAUGUCUCUUCUUUGCUUCCAACAUUAGCAUGCUACUUCAUAGGAUCCUCACACAAUAAUAGGAAUGCUAAUGGAAAAUGCGUUUAGCUUUACUGAUGUAAUUUUUUUUUUGUUUUAGCUAACAUUUGUUCAAGUCUUUUUAAAGGCUUCUUUCACAAGCCACAGGAAAUUGAACAAAGAUCAAGUUCUGACAGCGUCUUAUGCUGCAUUCAGUUAAAUUGUCUAGUCAGAAGUUGGAUCUUUGAACCGAGUUUAACUGUGAUCCAGUUCCAAAUUGGAAAAAAUGGUGAGAAUGACUGGCUGGGAUGCUUAGUGACCAUGCUAACUGCUGUUAGCAAUAGAAGCUAAUAGUUAUGUUCUUCACCGCAUUUUGGACUUUCUGGAUUUAUUUGUGUUAGCUAAAGGUAUAAUGGGACACUUUUGGUCAAAAGAGCAAGUAAAGAGUUGUUUUUUUUUCAAUUGAGAGCAGCCAUGUUUGGAUUUUUAAGGUCACAGUUGGUGAGACUGUUUUUUUUUUAUCCCCUUGGAUAAUUCUUACUUCUAUGGAGCUCUGUUCUAUUUUUUUACAGCUUCAAAUUUAUAAAAUGUAAUUUCUCAGAAUAAAUGUCACACCUAACUGAAGUACAUACUUAAAACAAACACACAGUGCUUAGAAAUAUAUAUAUAUAUUUAAAUAAACUGAAAAGGCAUAGGCUUGUUGAACAACACUUAAAAUGUCUGUCAAACAUGGUGGUGCUUGGGAAAACUUGGGUUUUUAUUAUAAAUUCUAAGUAAAGUUCUUUCACAGUCUGCAAAAUUUUGGAAACGGUUAGGGUAUGGGACUUUUUUUUUUUUUUUUACUAUUUUCCAGGUCUGAAAUGGCAUGGGUAAAACAGUAUCAAAAAAUGUUUGAUUUUGCAGGUAUCAUUAUUUUCCCCAAAAAGAAAAAUAAUAAUAGAUUCUUUAUCCAAACUGGUUGCUCUUGGCGAUGACUCCAUCCUGUCUCAGUGAGAUAUACUUCUAUAAAUAAAGGUAAAAAGAAAAUA